AUGGAAAACUUUACGAGUGCAUCAGAUGCUCUCAUGCGCGACGGGCGCAAGGGUGUCAACGCUCUCCACGCACAGCUCAAGGAUCAGAAGAAGCAGACGCGCGAGAAGAAGGCGCAAUGCGGCAACGCCAGCUGCCAGAAAGAGGAGGAGGUUGGAAAGGCACUGCUCGCUGAUUGGAAGAACCAUAAGAAGUCGUGCACAUCCUUCUCUGACCCACCGUUGUGCCAUCUCUUCGACCCGAAACGCAAAAUAGCAGGAUGUUCUUACGUUGAGCAUCCUGUAUUUGCUCGCGGAACUCAAGACGGGAUGGGCUGCUGGGCGACGCCGCAUGGAUCCGUCACUGGCGAGCUGGCCCGGAAACCCGGUAACGCGCUUACGAACCUGCCAUCUAAAGGAAACACCUAUGAUCUCAUGCUUCAUAUGAUGCCGGGCAUCCCUGGGUCUUGGUUUGACAUACGCCUGAUGGUGCAGAAUCGUACCAAAGGACCUAUGCUACUUCUUGGAAGUGAGAUCGUCGCGGUCAUUAAGGAUAGCCACCGGAAGGACUUCCUUGGAGGUAUUCGAGACGGUGAAACGCACCUCCCGGCCAAGGAGCUCAACGGCACAGCCACUAUCGCGCAGCCACCGAGUUAUGUCGACAUCACCGCACUGAAUGGGAAGACAGUCAAGGAGGGUGGCGAGGUUGUGAAGGACAAGCCCCUACGCGACGCCUACUCUACUGCACUUAUCGACGGGGAUUCGUGCGCAGUCCUGCUUCAACCCGCAGAGCACGCCAUACUAGAGGUCCAGUUCCGACUGGGCGGCAUCCAGGAGGUUUCUCGCGAAUUUCAUGCAUGGGCCAUGCUCGACCAUUUCGUCAUCCCCUGCCUCCCAUAUAGCACAACGCUCUCAGGAUCCUUCCGUGGCGUAUCGCGUCACACGGACAAGGACGUACAAGCGUCACUUGUGAACAUGCGCGCGCCAAUCAUACACAAGGACGUGGAUAAUUGGUAUCAUGACUUUGUUACCCGCGGUGAGCGGGCGCACGUAGCGCAGAUGAUGCAGAUGCUUAUGGGUAUGGCUAUGAACAAGACUUGA